AGAUAUUUAAUUCAUAUGGUAAUGCAAAUUGAUAUCUUCCGUUAAAUCAAAGUCACGUGGAGUAGUAACUUCCUAACAACAAAUUGGCUAUUGGAGUUUCGAAGGUUAAUGAAAAAAUGUAUCGUUUUGGGAAAAAGUUUAAGCGUUCAAAGACGUUUUUCUACACUCGAGGCCCUCGACGAUCACCUAUUGAUUCGAUGGCCCCUCAUAGCAGUCAAUCUAAAUCAAACGAAGACUACGAAGUGGAAUGUAAUGUGGAAAUGCAUGAUGAUCAUCCAUUGUUAGAAGAAUGUGUUGAGUCAAACAUCACUCUUGAACAACCGUUGCAUCUGAUUUCCCAGAAUAUUGAUGAAACUAUUACCGUUGAUGUCGACAAAUCUCAACCUGAUGAAAAAAAUAUUGCAGCUGUUUUGCAUUAUACUGGGUUAUUGCUUCAAUUUUCUGCAGUAACAAAUUUGGGGGAACAUCAAUCAUUUGCUAUUCUUGACUAUAAUGUGGAGAAAAGAAAAAUUAUGCACACUUCAUAUGUGUUUGUUCAUCGGUACCCUCAUUAUCAUGUAAAUGGAUUUGUCUGGUUGUUUGGCUGUUCAUGUGAUCGAUUGCGACUGGAAUUUGUGCAGGCCCUUAGCUCAAAUACUAAUUUAAGUACAGAUAAAGUUGUAAGCUAUCCAAAAUGCUUACAUAUAUUGGCAAUGGAAAGAUUUUUGGAGACUUAUGAUGAAAAUUUGGGAAUAACCUCACAAGAAUCAAGUUUUUUCAAGAUUGUGGAAAAAUCAGGAACAUCUGACCCAAUAGAUCAUUCAUACUGUGGAAUGUUUCCUAAAGAGGACUUGUUUAAAGCCGUUAGUGGUGGUCCCAACUGGAUUGCUGUAAAACCAGUCAAUCGCGAAUGGGGCGUGUGCACAUUUACUUAUUCUAAAGUAGCACUACCUCAAGCAGAGCUAAGAUGUUCUAAUUGUUCAUCUUACCUCUGCAUUCAUGUUACAACUCUUGGGAAGGCGCUGGAAAUCGUACAAGAUGAUGACGACUCGCAGCUAGCAUAUUUUAAGUUAGCUUUUGAAACCUCACCUGAAAUGAGAAAUUACUACGAGUUGGCAACUCGUAGUGAAAAAAAAGUUAAAUUAUUUGAAAUAGGUUGUGAUGAGAAUGAUGCCAAUCAUUUUGCUAAGCUUCUGGCUAUGAACUGGUCAAAGAUAUUCGUACCUAGUGCUUGUGGUACUUGCUCUUGUGGUGCUGCUUGGGAUAAGCGUGAUGUAUCAGAUGACUGGCUGGAUGUGGAAGGCUGUCAUGUGGCGUAUCUUUAUGAUUUCCACUGUGUGAAUGUGUAUUAUCGACCGUGUUCUACAUGCACAAACAAGAAGCGGUACGAUGGUAUCGAGAACAACGUCUUGUGGUUUGGAUCAUUUUCCAUUUCGCAUGCAGUCCUCAAAGAUUAUAUAAGGCAUUUUUUGGUUUCAAGCCUGCCCAUGUAUAAAUAUUACGUGACGUACGUCCAAAGACAAGUUAUGUCAGGAAAUUUGAAUUUUUCUGGCAUUAUAACUUACACCAAGUUUCGUCUGGCAGUUACUGCAAUGAUUAGAUUACUUGACAUUGACUUUGUUGACGCUUUUCAUUGUAACAUCUGUGGAAAACAUCCGAAAAAAGUUGUUAUGGACGGUACGGCACUUGGUAUCCAAAAAACCUUCUUGCCUCGUAAGGUAGCUCCCCCAGAAGGCCCUACGAUGGAUGGAAGUAGGUUCGAAACGCGGAACUUCCUCAAUCGGAAGAGGCAGAGAGAGUUGUUGAAGAAAUUUAUAAAGAACCAAAUUACAGAAGACGAACUCGUGGAAUUAACCUCGGAAAUUUCAUCUCCUGGCCUAAAAAUGCUAAUCGUAUCCCUUAGAGAGGAACAUUUUGGUGUCACGUUUCCAGAACCUUGCAUAAGACUUCUCAAAGCACUUGCGUCAGAUAAACCUGUUUGUGCAAUUGUACCUCCUGUGAGAGAGGUGAAGGAUUUGUUGAUCAGAAUUGCCAACGGAGCAAAUCCAAAGGACAAUCCAUUGUCUGAUUUACAACUUUUGCACGAACAGGUCCCCCUCUUGUUUUGUCUUUGCAAUCAUUUUGCAGAGCUGCCAAACCCCAUACGUGUUUGUGUGGGAAAUGGUCGCCAAAGCGUCCAGUCCUUUUACUGA